AUGGCUCUGAAAUUCGACCCAGACUUUUGGAACGUGGUUCAAGAGAGACUGCAACCGAGUGGAAGCACGGCAGCGACAAAAUCGAAAGAGCUUGAAGUGGAAUGGCUGGAAGCAUCACAGAUCCGAUUCAGCCAGUCGACUAUAUGCGAGGCCUUCUCACGCCCGCCAGCUAAGGCAGCAUCAGAUGCAGCACCCGAACAGAAGAGCUACGCACGUGUGGCUGCAGCUGCACCCAGAAGCAGCAAGUACACAGUCUUUGACGCCGUGCGAGAUCUCUACAGCGGCGCCAGCAAGGUGGAGGACUUUCCACCAAUCCGAGUGGUGGAGCAGGACGGGCUGCUCUUCUCUCUAGACAACCGCCGCCUCUAUGUGUUCAAGCUGUACAGACCCACUGGAUUGCUUGUGCCUGUGCGCCGAGUACCGGCUGAUAAGGAGCUGUUUCAAAAGCUCACGUGCACGGGCACGGGAGAUGCGCGGGGGAAGACGGUGGAGGUGCUGACGGAGGAGGAGGCGAGGAAGUUGGGGAGAGUGCUGCAGCUGGAGCAACACGUGCUCAAGUGGAGCGUGGACGAUAUCAUGAAUGAUUACCUGCUGGUCCGGAAGGUUCGGCCUAUACCAGACGCGUUCCCGAACGUUCGCUCGUACCUGUCUGCGUUCCGCUGGCCCCUGGUGGAGGAGUGCCGCGCCAGCCUCAAGUCUGGCGUGAGUCAGCUCUCUGCUUCAACCCCCAUUCCAAUAGACAUUCACAAAGUGGAGAGGCUCGAUGGGUAUGUGGCAGGCGUAGAUGAUUAUGAUGACGAGGAGGAGGAGGGGGAGGAAAUUGGGAAUUACAUGGCCCAGAAGGAUUUAUUCGGCAGGGAUUUGCAUGGGGAGGAGGAUAUACAUGGAGGUUCUUCGUUUGAGGGAGCGAGGAGGGUGAGGAAGCCGGUGAAGGUGCACUCGGAUACGGGGCGGUUUGGUGCGGUGGUAUUCGAGGUGGACAGGCAGAAGCUGGCUGGAGACAGGGCAGCGUGGGGGGCAGGAGCUGGGGGCAGCGUGUCCGAACAGGUGAAGCUGAAGCCGACAGAUGUGGUGCUCUUCUCCACCGUUGCUCCCACUGACUCCACCGACCUGCUUCGCUCGGGUGUGCUGUAUCUGCUGGGCGUUCUGAUUCCCGACCGCAACAUGACAAUAGGCCUUCCUCUUCCACAGGAGGAUGUGGCACAGGGCGGUGGCCUGGAGGAGGCUUUGGUGCGGAAGAAGAGUGGUAAGGGAGAUGGUGGGGAGGAAGGUGGUGAGGAGGGGGGUGGGACUCAGGAGGUUGCCUGGUAUGUGACCCCGGUGGAUACAUUUGCCACGCCUCAGCGCAUCUGGGAUGCGCUGCAUGUGUCCUUGGAACAGGAGGAGUGGAACGAGAGCGGGGAGUCGAAGAGAGAUCGGACGAUGAGGAUGGUUUUGGAGGAGGUGCUGUGUUCGGAGAGUGGGAGCGGCACCUCUGAUGUGGUUCCGGAGCUCAUGCAAGCCGUGGGGGAUUUUUGCCAUGCCUGCGGCCUCAACCAACCACAGCGAACAGCCAUUCUCGCCUGCCUGAGAGGCUUCCUCUCUGUCGCUGCUUCACCCAACGCCUCUGCCUACUCUGACUCUUCCUCCCCGUUUUUCUCCCCGAAUAUCCCCUCCUCUUCACAAUUCUCGUCCUUCUCAUCGCCGCUCGACGAUUCUGCAUCUCGCCGUAUCCUGCAGCUGGUUCAGGGACCCCCCGGCACAGGCAAAACGCAUACCAUCUCCAUUCUCCUCUCCAUCAUGCUUGCCCUUGGAGUACGCACGCUUGUCUGCGCCCCUACCAACGUCGCUGCAGCAGAAGUGGGCCGGCGAGUGCUGCACCUCGCGCUCUCCUCUGAUCCCUCCUCUCACUUUGCAGGGUACUGCCGCGCCCAGCAGCAACAGUGCUACGGGUGGCCGGACCGAAAGGCAUUCGCGAGGCAUGGGAGGCUGAGGGUUGGGGAUAUAGCCCUUGUGGCAAAUGAGGAGAGGCUGGAGAUCGAUCCAGAGCUGGAAAUGAUUCUGGUGGGCAGUGAGAGGAAGGAGAGUGGCGGCCAGAGGCGGACACUGAGUGGUCGUGUUGGGAGGCUGAUAGGAGCCGUUUCCUCUUUAUCUGGUUGGAAGGCGUCGUUUCAGGACCUGCUUUCCUUUCUGGAAUCCUCAUGGGAGGAUCUGAACGGUGAAUUUCAAACUGAGUUGAGAGCGGAAGAGAAGAGGCGCCGCAGGGAAGAUGCUUCCGCGGCCGAUGAGGAUGAUGUGCAGGGCGAGGUCAGUAGAGGCGGCAGCAACAAGAAAGAUCCAAAGAACACCGAACCGCUCCCCACCCUCGUAACGCACUACCAGAAGCGCAUUAAUCUCCUGACCCAGCCUGCUAUGGAAGCAGCUGUUAAUCUUGCAGAGGACCUGCCGCCUGCUCUUCUUCCUGAGAAUCAACGGCUGCUGCUUCUCCAGGCGUUUGAUCUCAUGGCAGCUCUGUGCAAGCUGGUAAGAUGCGCUGGGCCGACUCCUGCUGUUCUAAGGACAUGGCUGGAAGGCGCGGGGGAGGUGGUUGGAGGGGAAGGGGGUGUGAGAUCGGUGGUUGAGGAGGCUUCGGUGCUGCUCGGUCUUGGUGUCACCUACAGCAUCCCGAGCCUAUCCGGAGCCCCCACCUUCGCAACAGUGGCUGCAGCAUGCAUUGAACACGCCAAGCUCGUCCUCUCCACCGUCUCCUCCUCUGCGCGCCCUCUCCUCCGUUUAUCCAGCCCGUUCCCCCUGCUGCUGCUGGACGAAGCAGCCCAGCUGGUGGAGGCAGAGAGUGUGGUGGCGCUCCAGACGAAGGGGCUGCGCUAUGCUGUGCUUGUGGGCGAUCCCAAACAGCUGCCCGCCACUGUUCUGAGCAAGGUAGCAGUUGAGAGCCACUAUAACCGCAGCUUGUUCGAGCGCCUGCAGGGCAAGGGGUGGGACGUGCACAUGCUGAGCGUGCAGUACCGCAUGCACCCGGAGAUCAGCCGCUUCCCCUCUCACCGCUUCUACGAGGGGCGUAUCGAGGAUGGUGCCAACGUAUGCCGCCUGUCCCACUGCCCGCAGCAUCUGGAGCGUCUGUUUGGCCCGUACAUGUUCAUGCACGUGAGGGGCAAGGAGGAGAGGGAUGUGGGGAAGGCGGGGGAAGGCGGCUCGCGCAGUAUUGCGAACUCGGUGGAGGCUGCGGUGGUGCUAGCGCUGCUCAAACGGCUCUCUGAUGCCUGCAAGGGCAUUGCAGCAGCAGCACCAGCAGGGGCACGCGCCACACCACUCAAAGUGGGUCUCAUAUCCCCGUACAACCUGCAAGUGGAGUACUUGAAGCGAGCACUGGAGUCGCAGUCAUGGCCGCACCUGGUGGUGGAGGUGAAGAGUGUGGACGGGUUUCAGGGCCGGGAGCGCGACGUGAUCAUUGUCACCACUGUGCGCUCCAAUAGGGCUGGCACCAUUGGCUUUGUUUCCUUGAGUGACCUGCUGCACUGCACAACUUCGUACCUCAUGCGUCAUGGCCUUGUGAUCUUAGAAAUGGCUCUGUCUUCCCUGCAUCUUCCCGUCCCACACCUUCCUCUCACCCCGUGUCCCCUCCACCCAUCUUCCCCCCUUCGCUCCUUUCACUUCCCCCCGUUUCCCCCCUUCUCUCCUCCUCCUUCCCUCCUCCCCCUUCCCCAUUUCCCCGUCCCCCUCUCCCUUUCGCCCCUCCCCCUUGUUCGCCCCUCCCUCUCCCCCGUUCCUGCCUUUAGGCUCAACGUGGCAGUAACACGAGCGCGCUACUGCAUGUGGGUGGUGGGCGAUCGGGACACACUGCAGCGCGGCGACACCACGUGGGAGCACUUGCUCAUGGACGCGCAGCAGCGCGGGUGCUUGCUGGAGGCGCUGAGCGACGUGAAGCUGCGCAGAGUGGUGGAGAGGCGUCAGAUGGAGUUGGGCGAGGUGGAGCAGCUGCUGCAGCCCAACUCAGGCCUCUGGGACUCACUGAUCUGGGAGGCCACCUUCAGCGUGGAGUUCCAGCGCAGCAUGCGGGAGCUGCGCUCUUUAGACGUGAUCAACACAGUGAGGCGCCUCAUGGGCGGAUACAGGCCGCAGCGAUGCACCAGGCCACGGCACGCGCUCAAGGACCCGCGCUACUAUGACAUCAUUCACGUGCAGUCUGUGGGAAGACACCAGCUUAUCUGGACUAUUGACGUCUCCCGCACCACCUUCAAACAGAUCAUCCGGGUGGGGGACGUGGUGGAGGAGCAGCACGUGCUCAAGUGGCUGCGCCGCCUGGAGGGAGGCCUUGGAACCUACUCUCACGAGUCGCUCGACCGCUGUGCGCACUGUGACGACCACCUUGCUCGCAAGGUGCAGCUGCUGCAGUUCCCGAAAGACCCGGGGUUUACAUGGCACCGGGCUAAGGCAUCGUCGCGCGAUGCAGCUGCUGUUUUCACCGCAGAAGAAGAGAGCGCCCUGGAGCGGGCGCCAGUGGACGAGAGCGUGCUGCUAAUGAAGUUCUACCAGCUGUCACUGGGGUCCGCGCGGCAGCUGCUCACAGCAGCGCAGGGCGAGCUGCCCUUCGAGGUCAACGAGCAGGAGGCGCUCAUAGUGCACUACCCGGGGAGUCUUUUUGUGCUCGGCCGCUCCGGCACCGGCAAGACCACGAUUAUUACCCACCGGUUGCUGCGCUUGGAGAGCGUUUUUCUUCGAGCCAUGGGGGAGCGUGGCCGGCUGGGUCCUGCUGUGGAGACUGGGAGUGGGGGGAGUGGGAGGGGAAGCGAUGUGGGAGGUGCACGUAUGGGGGGAGAGGGAGGGCGAGGGAAGGUGAUGGGUGAAGGGAAGGGAGGUAGAGACGAAGGGGGGGAGGGCGGGGAAGCGGGGGGUGUGGGGACGCUGCGGCAGGUGAUUGUGACUCUGAGCCCGAGGCUGUGUGCUGCGAUUCGCCACCACGUGCACAAAAACCAUGCUGGAAGCAGAUGCCAUCCUCCCUGCUGGCACCACACCACCAAACACAGCCCAGGGGGGGCAGGAGCAGCAGCAGCAGCAGCAGGAGAGGCAGGGGAGGUGGAGGAGCUUUUACUGUCAGAAGAAGCAGAGGAGAAACUCAUGGGAGAUUUGCCCGAGUCUCUCGACGAGGUGCAGCCUGAUGCCUAUCCCUUAGUGCUGACGUUCAAGAAGCUUCUCAGCAUGGUCAAUGCCACGCUGGCACGGCCGUUCCAGCAGGAUGGGGUGAAGGCUGGUGGGGGGCAUGGGAAGGGGGCGACGGGUGGUGGAUGGAAGAGUGGGGAGUAUAAGGCUCAGGGUGCUGGGGAGAAGGGUGGCAAUGGCAGUGACGACGAUGGGAGCGAGUAUUUUUCACAGGAUGAUGAUGAUGAAGAUGAAGAUGAGGAGGAAGAGGAGGACGAGGAGGAGGAUGAGUGGGGCCCAGCGUACCAUCAGUCACACUGGCACAGGGACAGGGCACAAGGCACAAGGGGAGCCAGCAGCAGCAACGCCGGCUACAGCACCACUGGCAUCGCCAGCGGCAGUGGUGGUACUGGGGUGCUGUCUCUACCUGAAGAGGUGGACUAUGACCGUUUCGAGUCCCUCUACUGGCCGCACUUCAACACAUCCGUGACACGCAAGUUCGACGCCUCGCUGGUCUACAAGGAGUUCUUCUCGCACAUCAAAGGCUCCCUGCUCGCCCUCAGAUCCCCCCGGGGGCGCCUGUCUCAGGAAGCGUACGUAGCCCUCGCACACUCCCGCACGUCAAGCUUUGAUGAGGCGCAGAGGGAGGUGAUCUAUGGGCUAUACUUGCAGUAUGAGAGGAUGAAGCGGCAGAGGAGGGACCACGACCUGUGUGAUUAUGUGUAUCACGUGUAUAAGGAGCUGGCACGAGGAGCCACUAGCAUCUGCACGCCUGCUGCUCUUGCUGCUGUAGCUGCCACUGCCAGCACUGCUGCCAACGCUGCUGCCACGGGUGCUGCUUCUCGUGCCGCCACCAGGUCUGUUGCCUCUCGUGGUGGCGGUGGUGGUGGGGAGGAAAAGGUUCGCUGUGGCCCGCCCUUCCAGUUUGUGUACGUGGACGAGGUGCAAGAUUUGACCCAGGCGCAGAUAGCCAUCCUGCGCUUCCUCUGCGCCAAUACCUCUGAUGGGUUUGUCUUUGGGGGGGACACGGCGCAGACCAUUGCGAGGGGGGUUGAUUUCCGGUUUCAGGACAUCCGGAGGCUGUUCUACGAGCUGUUUUUGGGGAGGAAGGUGGAUGUUGUGGGGGAUGCAGGGAGUGAGGGGUUGGAGAGCGGAGGAGGUGGGGAUGCUGGCAGUGGUGGUGCUGCUGGUGGUGCAGGGGAGGGGGAGAGUGGGACAGAGGAGGGGCGCGGACGGGAGAAGCAAGGGAGGUGGGCAGGGGCAGCAGCAGCGCGAGGCAAGCAGAAGCUGUCUGGCAAAGGGAGGAGGAUGCUCGAAGAGGUGGGGACGGGGAGUGGGGCAGCAACACUGACUGUGGGUGCAGCACAGGGCUCAGACAGGGAUAGAGCAGAGCAGAGCAAGUGGGAGAUAGGAGGAAAGGCAGGCGCAGCAGCCCAAGAGCGAUCGUCCUGCACAGAAAUGCCGGAUCUCUUCUUCCUCUCACAGAACUUCCGUGCACACAACGGCAUAGUGCGUCUGGCUGACAGUGUGGUGCGCGUGCUGCUGCACUUCUUCCCCCACGUUGUGGACCGGCUUGCACCGGAGUUCAGUCUCAUUGAUGGGGAGGCGCCCGUGUUCCUGGACGCCAAGGAGGGAGACGAUGUGGUCACGCAGCUGUUUGGGAAGAAGGGCGCGAUUGGCGGCGGAGGGUGCGAGUUUGGAGCAGAGCAGGUCAUAUUGGUGCGCGAUGCGGAAAGCCGCACAGAGCUGGUGAAGCGGAUCGGGUCAAAGGGACUCGUGCUCAGCGUGCACGAGUGCAAGGGGCUGGAGUUCCAGGACGCCCUGAUGUACAAUUUCUUCUCGGGCUCACCUAUGGCGUCGAGCUGGCGGCUGCUGUACCACUACAUGCGCGAGCACUCCCUCAUCCCCUCCGCUGAGGACGGCUCUAGCCGCUGGCAGUGCCCCUCCUUUGACCCUAAGCGGCACAACCUCCUGUGCAGUGAGCUGAAGCAGCUGUACGUGGUGCUAACACGUGCGCGGCAGCGGCUGUGGAUAUAUGAGGAGGACGAGGGGGCGAGGCGACCGGCCAUGGACCUGUGGGGGGCGAUGGGCGUGGUGGCAGUGAAAGCACUCACGGCCGACCUUCUCACGUCCAUGCACACGGAAUCGUCACCCGAGGGGUGGCAUAAGCGGGGAACUGAGCUGUUCAACGCAGCCCAGUUCGAGGUAGCAGUGCUCAGCUUCAAACGAGCAGGCGACGAGCACAGUGCAGCGGUGGCACGGGCAGCCCUGCUGCAGCAGACAGCCAAGAGGCUACAGGGCACUGACCCCAAGAAGGCCAGCAAGACGUUUCAAGACGCCGCAGACGCGUUUCUGAAAGUGGACAAGCCGAGGGAUGCCGCCCGGUGCUUGAUCAGUGCGGGCAAGAUGAAGCAAGCAGGUGAGGAACGGUGGAGUGAGGUGGACGAGAUAGGGGGAAGGGACGUGAAGGAAGAAGGUGAUGUGUAUCGGGACAGGUUUGUGCCACCCAUGUGGGUGAAAGCAGGGGAGUGCUACGAGCUGGCAGCGAUGGCGGAGGAAGCAGCACAGUGCUUUGCACAAGUGUGGGAGGUGGAGAGGGCGCUGCUUGUGUGUGCGCAGAACCAGCUGUACACUCUCGGAGUGUCCCUGCUGCAAGUGUGUCAGGGACAGGUUGAGGAGGGAAUGAGAGCAGUGAAAGUACAGCAGAACCAGCAAGGCCAGCAGCUGCAGAAGCAGAAGGAGGAGGAGGAAGAGAAGUGGAAGCAGCGAGAAAGGCUCGUCAUUCGAAAGAACGCAGAGUUCCUGCAGCAGGCUGCUAUGUUCUACUAUCGCAAGAAGAACAAGAGCGAGAUGAUGAGGUUUGUGCAUCAGUUUCCCUCACUGGCAAAGAAGCGGCAGUUCCUGGAAAGGCGAGACUUCUUUGAUGAUUUGCUCCAGAUUGAGAUAGCUGAGGGGAAUUUCCAGCGGGCAGCUGAAAUGAUGCUCAAGAAGGGAGACAUGGUUGGGGCAGCGAGAAUGUUUUUCGGGCAGAAGGAAUGGUGGCGGGCAUUUGAGUGUGCGAUGGGUGCGGCUCGUGUCGCGAGCAUGUGGGCGAAUGGGAACAAGGGAUGGCCGUUGAAUGUUCGGGAGCGGAAGCAAGAGAAGGUGGAGAAGCAAGAGGUGACAGUGGAGACCAGGAAAGACGAAUUGCCCCUGGGAAAGGGGAAGGAGGAUGAGGGAAUGAAGGUGAAAGUGAAAGCAGGAAAGGGUGAAGCUGUUCCAAACGCAUGGGAGGCGAGGGCUGAGGUGGAUGAGAGUGAAACGGAAGUCCAGGGCAAGAUAGACGCUCCAGAGGGAGGGGGAAAGCAGGAGAAAGCGGAAACGCAGGAGAAAGCGGAAAUGCAGGAGAAAGCGGAAAAGCAGGAGAAAGCAGAAAUGCAGGAGAAAGCGGAAGUGCAGGAGGGGGUGGAAACGAAUGUGGGUGCAAAUAUAGACGCGAGUAUGGAUGCGUUAGAGACAGCUGUUGCCGUGUGGGAGUGGGAGAGGAAGGCCAGGGAGCAGUGGAAGGACGUGAAAGAUGUAGAAGAGGGAAGUGCAGUCGGAUUGGGGAUUCAAGGACUGGGUUGGGUGUCAGGGAGGGAGGGCGGGGAGGUGGAUGAGAGGGAGGGCUUGGAGGCUAUCACGCUGCUGUGGCUGCGGGAUUUCCACGCUCUGGCUGGUGCAGAAGGGCGUGGGAGGGAGGUAGAUUCGGGUGCGGAAGAGAUGGAGGAAUGGUGGCACCUGCUUACUCGCUGCCGUGCGGAUGAGCUGCUUGGUAUGGUGGGUGCGAUGGGGAAAAGCACUCUGGGAGGUGAGUUGGCAGAACAAGCGGGGGUGGUACCCGAGGAAGGGGAGGAGGAGGAGGAGGAGGAUUUGGGGUUGGGUGAAAGGAGUCUUGCUGCUGAAGUGCUGGUGAGCUGGAAGGGUCUCCAGUUGAGCAUCCAGCGAGCCAAAGCAUCUCUUUCUCAUCCCGCCAGCACUUCCCUUCCUCGCUCCAGUGCCACGCCCUCUGCCCCAAUAAUCCCUUCUCCUGCCAAGCCUGCUGCUAACCAGCCCUCUCGGCCAUCGCCUGGAGCAGAAGCAGCAGCAGCUGUGCCUCUCCGGCCCGCAUGGCAGGCGGUAAAUCAGGGAGCUCCACAGCAGUUGCAGCAGCAGGAGCAAGCGCAGAAACAGAUGCAGCAUGAGGAGUUGCCGUUUGAGGCGGAAUGGAGGGAGGUGAAGGUGUGGUGGGGGCGGUGGAGUGAGAGAGUUGCAGCCAUGUCCCUUGUGGUCGGCCUGUCAUCUGCUCAUUGGCUGAACCCUGUGCGAGCAGCAGUUAGCCAUCUGCCAAAUCAGGGCACGCGAGGGGAGGUAGCAAGAGAGGCUGCAGCUAGGGCAGGUACUAUCUACUGGGCGAGGCAGGCGAGUGAGAUGGUAAAGGAAUGUGCGGCUGUGAUGCAGCAAGCCUUGAGAUCUUUGGAGAAGGGUAUGCUCGGUAGGAGGGAGAGUGGGGCGGCGGGUGAUAAGAAGCGAGCCAGAGAGCUGCACUUGCAGCUUGAGCUUUGGGUGGAAAUCCAUGCGUUGCUUCAGUUUGCAAUAGAUCUGUGUGGGGGCGAGAGGCAAGAGCAGAAGCUGCAGCAGGGAGAGGAACUGAGCAGCCAGGUGCAAGGGGCAGGCGGGGUGGGUGAGGAAGGGGGGAUAGCGCAAAUGGCAGGGGACGUGGAGCUCUGGAAAGAACAGCAGGACAGAGCGAGAUUGCGGCUUGUCUCGUUGCUCUUCCCUAAAUGUGUGGUGGAAGGGCGGAAGAAUCAGCAGCGGCAGGAUGAGGAGGAGGAGCGGCAGAGGGAGGAGGAGCGGCAGAGGGAGGAGGAGCAACGGCAGAAGGAGGAAGAACAACGGUUGCAGCAGGAGGAGCAGCAGCAGGAGGGGAGGGAUGAGGAGGAGGACGAGGAGGAGGAGGAGCAGCAGCAGCAGCAGCAGGAGCAGCAACAGCAGCAGCAGGAGCAGCAGCAGCAGCAGCAGGAGCAGCAGCAGCAGCAGGAGCAGCAACAGCAGCAGCAGCAGCAGCAACAGCAGCAGCAGCAGCAACAGCAGCAGCAGCAGGAGCAGCAGCAGCAGCAGCAGCAGCAAGAACUCAUAGACCCAUUGGUUCCUCUUGGAUCGUUUGCCCAGCUGAUGCAGGGGGCGCAAUGGGAGCUUGAGGGCCAGUCUCUUGCUCUCCAGGAACCCUCUUUUCUCCCUGGAUCUGUGGCACUUGUUUUGUUGGGCGUCGCCUUGAACAAUGUUUACGAGUGGUGCUACUGGAAGAACAGUUUCGUUUCCUUCCCAGUGUUCCUCAGCCUGGCAGAAAGAGCAGCAGUCCACACGUGUGCAGCCAUUACGAAUCUGGAGAAUCUCGUCAUUCCCACCUCCCUCGCUUCCCUCCACCUGGAAGGCCAGCACUACUCCAACCUCUGCACGCACAUGUUAAUGUGGUCUUUGAAUCGAAACCCUUCUACUCUCGCUGAGCUUCACACAAACGUUCUCUCUCCUCUCCUUGAUACCCUCAUCCGCUUCCUUGUGUUUGAGCCGGAGGACCUUAUGUGGUGGAUGAACAGGAGUGGUGUGGCUCCAGCGGAACGUGGCUCCCUCUUUCUCCGCCUCCUCGUUCUUGUUGCCUUCUCUGUCUGCAAUGUCGACAGAUACCACAACCAUGAAUUCUUCUCCUACCUUGUAAACCACCUCCUGAUCCUCGUCUCCCCUCUCGACCGGCUCCCCAACCCGCUCAUCUCCACCCUUCCUCCAAAACUUUACUACGAUCUCAAGAACAUGUUCAAGAGGGAUAAACCCACACCACGUGCCAACUACUUUUACAAGAUGCUGACCCGUAACAUGCGCGCCAUGCGAGACCCUUUGGUGGUGCUUCGGCGGCAGGGGUCUCGGAGUAUUCCAGCCUUUGUAUGGAAGGCCAGCCUGGCGUAUGUCAAUGUUGAGUUCACCCCGGAAUUUGCUGCUCAUGCUGCUGGUGGUGGUCAUGUAAAUGGAGGGCAACAGUGCUUCUCGGUGUUUUCUCUUCAGAAUCUGACAGGGUACCGGGUUCCACUGCUGGGUGGUGACACUGAGAAUGCAGCCGAUGCCGUUGCGGCCGCUGCUGUUGGUGAGGAGGAGGAUGGCGGUGCUGGUGAUAGUACGGUUGGUGAGGAAGGAGCUGGUGCUGAAUUGGGUGUUAAAGCUGACUCAGACUCAACAACAGAGGUGGUGGCUGCUGAGAGUCUAGAGCAGGGGGAUGAGUGGGGUGGUGAUGAGGAGGGGAAGGCAGGCACAGGUGGUGGUGCUGGGAAGCACGUGGGGAAGGAGUUGAAGAAUGCGCAGCUGCAGACCGACGAGCGGGAGGAGGUGGACGGUGUCAAGAUCGCGCUGAGGAUCACACAGCAGCUGCGCAGCUGCCUGCACCAGGAUCGUGUCUUCAUCGUCCCCUCAACUGCCAUCUCCUUCCGAGCAAUUUUGAAGAGUUUUCAGAAAUUGCCCGUUCUUUCCUUCGCAACUCUCCUCCUUCAGGCUCGUGAGCGGCUGCAGAAGGAGUUGUCCGCGCUCCAGCAGUGCAGCAGGGAGGCACGGAGGGGGUUGACUGUCAAGCUUCAGUCCGUUAGUGCAAGCGAGCGCGCCUUUUACCUGAAGGAGUACGAGCAACAUGCGUGCCCUUUGAAGGUUGACGCGGACGCAUCUCUGGCCCUGAUUCAUGAGGGUGUGAGGCAGCUGAAGCAGCUGCUGCAGCAGGGGGGCUCGGGCACAGGACAGGGCCAGCAGCAGCAGAAAGGGCAGACGCGUGGGUGGUCAGAGGAGGAGGCGGAGGAGCAUGAGCAGCUAUUGGACAAGGCUCUGGAUGCAGAAGAAUCGCUUGCGGCUGCAACCAGUGUCGUCCACCAUUCGUACCUUUGCACGCCGGUCAUGCGUCUGCCUCUGUGA